AGUAUCACGAGCACGGUUCUUGGAUUUUGUGAAAAAAGUCUCGCGUAUUUUCAUUUUUUCAUUUAUAUAGUGUGGUAAUCAACCAAUAUGUAAGUGAGGUGACGCGAAAAUUGUACGCAGAAUCUACCAUAUCCAACGUGCACGAUUCUAUAUUCAUCCCCCUGUUUAGGUCAGCGACCAACAAGCUCAAUCAUGAUGAUGGUAUCUUUUCCAAGUCCUCUCUGCUUUGCAAAAAAUCUGCGUAUUAACCUUCGUGAGCUUUCAAGCAUUAGAGCUCUGAGCACCGCUGUCUCUAAAGAAACAGAGCCACCAUCCAAUGAUGGUAAAGUGGAUCAAGAACUUUUCCUUGAAACAGGAGAACAGGAAGAGGAGAGGGAACGUUACAUUGAGAUGAGGCGAAAUAAGUCUCGACUCUAUCCCCAAGACCGAAACAGAGUGCAUAACAAACCUCCGUGGCUGGAUGUUGAAGCGGACUUGGAGACACUUAAAACUGUCCGAUGGAAUCGAAGGAUGUAUGGGCGCUAUGGAAACAGUAGUAAUGUGGAUCCACGCAUCGCAUGGCCCACUAAAGAAGAUUUGGUGCAAGCAAAAGAAUAUGAAAGUUUGUUGUGCCCCAAAAGUAUUCAGGAAAUGGUUGAAGAAGAAAAAGCGAAGAUAAUGGAGAAAGAGAGGAAAGAAAUAGAACAAGAUAAGAAAAUUAUAGAGAACCUAAAGAAAAUGAACGUGUGGAAGGAAGAGAUGAAAGCCAAGAUUACCAAGAAACUCCAACAAGCUACGGAAGCCAAAGAGAAAAGAGCCAAACUAAUUGAGGACGUUCGCAGACAUAUCGGUUACGCCAUUGAUCCGAGAGAUAACAAAUUCCAAGAAAUACUUGAACAGAAAGAAAAGGAAGAGAGGAAGGCUCUGAAAGAGGCGAAGAAGCAAAAGAAACACGAAGAGAUGGUUGCUAAGAUGAUGAAGUUGGCUGAGGAUGACAAGAAGGAAAGAGACGAGAAAAAGCUGUCAAAAACAAAAGACUCAGAUUCCGAGCCACAAAAAGAAUAAUUUUUGAGUUUACGAAGUUUUGAGUUAUCAGGAAGAAACUUGCAAGCCAAAAUCAGUUCUGUUCCAGGUUAUCUGAUGUUGAAAGUUAGAAACGUUCCUACUUUUGUGAAUCCUCUGCAGCAGCCUUGAAAAGAAAAAUGAAUUGACCAGAACUAUUCGGACCUCUUGUGAUUUGCGGUCUUAUCAUUUUGAGUCUGUCCAACCAUCAACUUUUUUACUUUUUUAAAAAAAAAAAAUUGUAAACCAUUAUGCAUUAUGUAAUGAUGUUAAUUAGAUGAUAAUUUUGUUCAGAAUUUCUUCCUCUUGUCUUUAGUCACCACUAUUAAAUUCCAUCAAUUAUCGACUAAA